AUGCGGAUCGAGAACAAAGACCUGAGUGGUUUCUUUGCUUAUACUUACGGUACUGCAGCAUGGCUUGGACUUCAGUCUGCUACUCUAAUCCUCACCCCAAAAUUGGUCGUCAACCUCCUUGCCGUGGAUGAGAGUCAUCAUACUUCAGAUAUUGAGGUCUAUUUUGCCCGUUCCUUAGGAUUCGCUCUGACUAUCCUCGCUAUCAUUGUGUUAUUCUUCACUGGCACCGUGCCCAUCUCGACUUCAGUCUCUCAACCUAUCUCUCUCGAAGAAAAUGAUUCAAGAGCGCCUUACGCCAUGCCUGUCAUACAGGCGACGACGCUAUUCCACCUUCUGAGUACGAUAUACUGCUAUACUAGAUACUUGAACUCUGGCCAAACCGGGUACAUUCUCGGACUGAUCGGAUAUGGCGGGCUCGCCUGUGCUGGGGCAUGGUCGGUGUUGUUUGGAUUUACUUCACGUGUCAGCGCCAGAACCGGAGAAGACAAGAGAACAUCUGGUUUCCUGUUUCCGAACACGGCCGCAUAUGACAAGAAAGCGGAUCGAAAACUCAAGUGA